AUUCCCCCUUCGAGACCUUCUCAAACAAAUCCCACCACAAUCCUAAAAUCCUCCUCCAAAAUGACUGACAAGGGACGCGUUUUGCUCGCUUAUUCCGGUGGAUUGGACACUUCUUGCAUCCUCGCAUGGCUCAUCGAACAGGGCUAUGAGGUCUAUGCCUUCAUGGCCGAUGUUGGCCAGGAAGAGGACUUUGAAGCUGCCCGAGACAAGGCCCUCAAGGUCGGCGCUAAAAAAUUCUUCUUGAAGGAUCUCAAGCGUGAAUUUGUCACUGAAUUGAUCUACCCUGCCGUCCAAGCCAAUGCUAUCUACGAGAAUGUCUACCUUUUGGGCACUUCCCUGGCUCGCCCAGUUAUCGCCCGUGGCAUGAUCGAGGUCGCCGACCAAGAAGGCUGCGACUUCGUGUCCCAUGGUUGCACUGGCAAGGGCAACGACCAAGUCCGAUUCGAGCUCGCCUUCUACGGCCUCAAGCCUGAUAUCAAGGUCAUCGCUCCCUGGCGACUCCCCGAAUUCUACAACCGCUUCGCCGGCCGACAAGCUCUCCUCGCCUACGCCGCCGAGAAGAACAUCCCCGUCGUCCAAACCGCAGCCAAGCCCUGGUCCACCGACGAAAACCUCUUCCACAUCUCCUACGAAGCCGGUAUCCUCGAAGACCCCAACAUCACUCCCCCCACCGACAUGUGGAAGCUCACCACCGACCCCGAAAACGCUCCAGAGACCCCCGAACGCAUCACCAUCGAGUUCAAGCAAGGUCUCCCCGCCCGCGUCGUCGUCCUGGCGGAACAGAAGGAAUACACCGACGCCGUCGAGAUCUUCCUCGCAUUGAACGCCCUCGGCAGGAAGCAUGGUAUCGGACGAAUUGACAUCGUCGAGAACCGAUUCAUUGGUGUCAAGUCCCGUGGAUGCUACGAGUCCCCUGGCGCCACCAUCUUGCGUGUUGCCCACAUCGACUUGGAAGGUUUGACCCUCGACAGGAACGUUCGUGCCCUCCGAGACCAGUUCACCACCGUCGCCCUCAGCCGAAUCCUUUACAACGGCCACUUCUUCACCCCCGAACGCGAGUUCAUCACCAGCUCCAUCCCUACCAGCCAGAGAACCGUCAACGGUCUCGUCCGCCUCAAGCUCUACAAGGGCAAUGUCAUCGUCGAGGGCCGUGAGAGUGACGAGGGCUUGUACGAUUCGCAGCAAUCCUCCAUGGACGAGCUCGGAGGCUUCGAGCCCACCGACACCACCGGCUUCAUCGAGAUUGAAUCUAUUCGCAUUAAGAAAUGGGCACAAGCCAACAUCCGCAAGGGACAGGGCGGUGUUCUGCCCCAGGAUGUGUACGGUAGCCGGGCGUAG